CAUUUUUUAUAGAAUUAUUAUAGUGACCUUCGCUUACUAAUAUAGUAGAGUAGCAGCCUGCUGAACAGUAUCCUGCAGCUCAAAAUGCUAUCGGAAAUCCUUCUGUUAUGAAUAUCUCUUGCAGUUUGCACAGGCUGCUUUUUAUACUUUAGCUGAACCUGAUCUUGGCUACCCUCAACCUGAACCAACGAACGUCCUGCCAGGUCAGAUGUAUACUCCUCCUGACCCCAUGUACCUUUAGCCGUAGUAUUUCGAUCCAGGCAUGAGUGCAAGGUAAACAUUUAGUCAUCUUUAGAAACCCUUAUGUAAUGCCUCCUCCUAUGAAUCAAACUCCAAUGCAAGUUGCAAUGACUCUACCAGUAGAAGCUAAGAAUAAAGACUGGAAAGAUCUUUAAGAAAUCUAGAUGGACCUGUGAACCAACAUAAGAGAGUUGAAUAGAUUUCUAAAGACAUUUUGAAGAAAUCAAAAAUCAGACUUAGUGAUGU